AUGGUUGUCCAAAUUCCUCGGAUGCAGGUACAAAAUGUGAAAUUACUGGAUCGUUACGUGGGUAAGAAACCAGCUAAUGGGAUUCUGUAUCUUACUGCAACCCACUUGAUCUAUGUGGAGACUUCUGGUGCAGCCCGGAAAGAAACAUGGAUUGCACUCCAUCACAUUGCCACUGUGGAGAAGAUGCCCAUCACUAGCCUGGGCUGUCCCCUGACCCUCCACUGCAAGAAUUUCCGGGUGGCCCACUUUGUUUUAGACUCUGACUUGGUGUGCCAUGAGAUUUAUGUUUCACUGCUAAAGCUUUCUCAACCAGCAUUACCUGAAGAUCUUUAUGCUUUUUCUUAUAAUCCCAAAUCCUCAAAAGAGAUGAGGGAAAAUGAAUGGAAACUGAUUGACCCAAUAUCAGACUUUGAACGUAUGGGAAUACCCAACAGGUACUGGACUAUAACAGAUGCUAACAGAAACUAUGAGAUAUGCAGUACCUAUCCUCCUGAAUUAGUGGUUCCUAAAUCUGUUACCUUGGGAAUGGUGGUUGGAAGUUCGAAGUUCAGAAGUAAAGAACGUGUUCCUGUGCUCUCCUACCUCUACAAAGAGAACAAUGCUGCCAUUUGCCGCUGUAGCCAGCCUCUCUCUGGAUUUUACACUCGCUGUGUAGAUGACGAGUUCUUGCUAGAGGCCAUUAACCAAACAAACCCAGGGAGCCCGUUUAUGUAUGUUGUAGACACAAGACCAAAGUUGAACGCCAUGGCCAACCGAGCAGCUGGGAAGGGGUAUGAAAACGAAGACAACUAUGCCAACAUUCGCUUCAGGUUCAUGGGCAUUGAGAAUAAUCAUGUGAUGCGGAGCAGCUUGCAGAAACUCUUGGAAGUUUGUGAAUUGAAAACUCCAACAAUGAGUGAAUUUCUUAGUGGCCUGGAGAGCUCUGGGUGGUUGAGACACAUUAAAGCUAUUAUGGAUGCUGGAAUUUUCAUCACAAAGGCAGUGAAGGUAGAAAAAGCCAGUGUCUUAGUCCAUUGUUCUGAUGGGUGGGACUGCACAGCACAAGUCUGCUCAGUGGCCAGCAUCCUCCUAGAUCCAUUUUAUAGGACAUUCAAAGGACUCAUGAUCCUCAUAGAGAAGGAAUGGAUAUCCAUGGGACACAAGUUUUCCCAAAGGUGUGGCCACCUGGAUGGGGACUCUAAAGAAGUAUCCCCUAUCUUCACCCAGUUCCUAGACUGUAUUUGGCAAUUAAUGGAACAGUUUCCCUGUGCCUUUGAAUUUAAUGAAAACUUCCUGCUGGAGAUCCAUGACCAUGUUUUCUCCUGUCAGUUUGGAAACUUCCUUGGAAACUGCCAGAAGGACAGGGAAGAUCUAAGGUGAAUUCAGUUUGUAAGAAUAUGCUGAGUAGGGAGAAGGAAUGAGUGCAAAAGAAAUUACCCACUACCUAGAAUUUGGGAUAGCAGUCAGGAAAGGGGAGGAGGUAACAAUAAUAAAAAGAACCAUUGAAGCAUAAAGCA